AUGUUCGCCCGCGCCAGCCUCCUCCUCGGCCUCGCCGCCGCCGCCGACGUCUCCCUCCGCGGCUCCCUCGCGAGCGGCGACUGCAAGACCGUGUCGCCGCUCGCCGAGCUCAACAUCACGGAGUACCUGCGCGCGACCUGGUACUCGCAGCAGCAGCAACUCACGUCCUACCAGCCCGCGAGCGAGCUCUUCUGCGUCAGCGCGACCUACAACGACGAGCCGGACCGCACGGUGCCCUUCUUCGACGGUUUCGUCGCGAGCACGUACAACUACGCGACGAAGCAGAACGUCUCGGGCGAGCCCGCGAACACGAAGGACGGCAUGGUGCUCUGCGCGCGCCAGCAGGACCCGAAGGUCCAGGGCGGCCUCUCCGUCGCGCCGUGCUUCCUGCCCAACGUCUUCACGGGGCCCUACGACGUCGUCGGCGUCGGGGUCGCGGCCGACGGCGUCGAGUACGACUGGGUCAUCGUCUCCGGCGGCCAGCCCAGCGAGAAGCAGGCCGACGGGCUGUGCACGACCAAAACCGGAACGUACUUCGGCGGCCUCUGGCUCUUCACGAGAGAAACGGUGGCGAGCGACGCGACCGUCGCGGCGGCGCGGGCGAAGAUGGCGGACCUGGGCAUCUCGACGUCGCAGCUCGUCGACGCCGCGCCGAAGCCCGCGGUGCGCUACAAGACCGAGGACGACGUGAGGAAGCUGCUCGCCGGCGACAACUUCAAGAAGUUCUGCAAGAAGAAGUGCGGCGAGUGCCACGCGCCGGCCUUCAAGAAGUUCCUCAAGGUGUCGCCGCUCGUCGUCCGCGCGCAGGUCGGGAGCUUCUGGUGCGCGUCGUGCGGGCGGCUCCUCUGCGACGCGCACCGGAACCAGCACACGUGCGAGGUCGAGGACGCGGAGCUCGAGCGGCGGCGGCGCAUGAACGUCGACGACAUCCGCGCGGACAUCAAGCGCCGGGAGGACGAGAAGGCGGAGGCCGACGCCAAGGCCGCGGCCGUGAAACGCGCCGCGGACGAGAAGAAGUUCGCCAUCGUGAGCGCCUGGAAGCAGCGGCGGAAGCACGUUGCGGGCGUGUCGACGUCCAUCGCGAACAUGUGCCAGCGCUGGGCCGUGCAGGCGGACCCGGGCCGCGCGCAGGACGAGCUCCUGGAGCUCUACACGUCGUGCAACCGGAUCAACCUGCGGCUCUGGAACGAGGUCCAGGAGCCGACGAUCCAGCUGGACAUCGACCACGAGGCCUGGGACAAGCUCUGCCGCAACUACGACCGCGCGAAGGAGCUCACGGGUUUGGUCAUCGUCGUCGAGGGCACGCCGCUCGACAUGCACCUGCCCUGGCUCCCGCGGCCGCCGCCGGAGGCGGAGGGGGGCGCGCCGGACCUAGACGCGUAG